UAGCAAGAAGAAGUCAUGAAUCAGCAGGUAAAGGGAUAUGUGAUUUCAAAUUACUCGAAUUUAGAAAUGAGUAAAGUUGUGGGUCCAGGACUACACUACUUAAGCGGAUGCAGUAAAGCCCAUUUUCCGGCAAGCCCAAGAAGCGUGAUAAAACUAAAAGUUCAAGGCCGCCGGAUCCGAUUAAACGCAGCAAUGACGACGCCGGAGCCUUCUUCCAAGUCCAUCACUCACGUCGUCUUCGACAUGGAUGGCCUCUUACUUGAUACGGAGAAAUUCUAUACGGAAGUCCAGGAAAUGAUACUAGCUAGGUACAAUAAGACUUUCGACUGGUCUCUUAAAGCCAAAAUGAUGGGGAUGAAAGCAAUUGAAGCUGCUAAGGUGUUUGUUAACGAAACAGGGAUAAGUGAUUCUCUUAGUGCUGAGGACUUUCUUGUCGAGCGGGAAGAAACGUUGCAGAAAUUGUUCCCAACGACUGAUCUCAUGCCAGGGGCUGAUCGUUUGAUCAGGCAUCUACAUGCAAACAAAGUACCGAUAUGUGUGGCAACAGGAUCUAAGAAAUAUCACUAUGAAUUAAAAACACAAAGACACCAGGAACUGUUCUCCUUGAUGCAUCACAUUGUCAAUGGUGAUGAUCCAGAAGUUAAACAAGGCAAACCAGCACCAGAUAUCUUCCUUGCUGCUGCCAGAAGAUUUGAGGGCGGACCAGUUGAUCCCAAGAAAGUUCUUGUUUUCGAGGAUGCGCCUUCUGGAGUCCUUGCAGCCAAGAAUGCUGGGAUGUCUGUGGUUAUGGUUCCAGAUCCAAGGCUAGACAGCUCUUAUCUUGACACUGCAGACAAAAUUUUGAAGUCUUUAUUAGAAUUUCAACCAGCCGACUGGGGUCUUCCACCAUUUGUAGAUGAAACAGCUUAAGUACCAUGAGGGAUUAGUUGGAAUCACUGUUGGAACUUGAAGAGAUUGGCAUGCAUCAGAAAGCCUUUGAGGCAAGUAUGAGGCUAUAUUGUGAGAAUCCAUUCACAUUUAAUUUGUGAAAACUAAACAUGUUGAAGCUUGGUUGAUAUAAACAUUUUAAUUGUUACCAAAUACAGGCAUUUAGCCUUUAUGCAUUCAGAGUGUUUUUUGUUUCCUUUAAA